AUGACACCAGGUGGCUGCCCCCGGUUCCCGCUGGGGACAUGGGGUCAGUUAGGAUAUGGCGAGUAUAAGGAGCUCAGUCGGUGCUACGGGGCGAAUGUUGUCCUCCCCCAAAAGGAGAAGCGGGGAGAGGGACACAGAGGGGAGGCAGAGCCGGAGAUCAGAGUGAUGCUGCCACCAGCCAGGGAAGGCCGGGGCUGCCAGAGGCUGGAAGAGGCCACGAAGGAUCCUCCGCUGGAGCCUUCCAGGGAGUGCGGCCCCGCCUACAGCCUGGAUCCCAGCUCUGGCCUCCAGAACUGCGCUGGUGCAGGGGCGGAGCAGCCCCCAGCGGCGCCCCCCUCACAGCCACUGGCCCCAAGUGCCUACACCCAGCGCUAUGUGUUGUCCGAGGACCGCAGGGAAGACCGAGGGGCAGAUACACCAGCCCACAGCAAGGGGGGCUCCAGCAGCCCGGAGCCCUGGGCCCGACCCUCCUGCCACCCCCAGGAAAGGGGCUGCCCGCCACCCAAGGAGCGUGAGUCCUCGCCCCCUCCAGCCCUGCAGACCCUCCAGCUGCCCCUGGAGAUCACCCCAGAGCCAGUGUCUGUGGUGGCUGCUGUCGUGGACCCGGCCAAGGUGGCAGCCAGGGGGGUGAUCAUUGCCCGUAGAAGCGAGGAAGGGACGCCCCGGCCACCCCCAACCCCUCCUCCUCCCCAUGACUCCCCCCCACACAAGAGGAGGAAAGGUUUUCCUACACGGAAGAGGCGAGGGCGAUGGAAAUCUCCAUGAAUUCGACCAUUGGAUUCAAGCUUGUCUGCACUUUCUGCCUGCACCACCGCUCCCAGCUUAGCCCAGCGGAGGAGGGCCACGCACCUUCCCCAUGCCAGCUGCACCCUGGCUCCCUGCUGCAGGGGCGUGAGCACCCCACUCCCUGUACUAGUUAGUGCCUGAUUCGCGGGGGCCCUCGUUGAUGGGCCCCCCAGCCCUUUCUCCAGUACAGCGCUGUCUGCCUGGCUGCUUCCCUUAACCCUGACUUCUAAGCCAUCAAUUUUAUGUUAUUUCUUAUUGCCCUCAGUGGGCUGCAGAGGGAACCUCACGCCCCCUUCCCUAAUCACUCCUGGUCUUGACUUGAAGAGAACUGAUCUGUCGGGGGGCCUCCCUGCUUCCCAAUCCAGACUUGGGAGGGGGUGGGGGGCUGCGAGACAAAUCAGAGCGUGGAUGACAAUGAGGGGACAGCAGUCUGUAUUCUGGGGAGGGGGGGGCGAGUUCUCAAGGGAAGGUAUAGGUUGGGUCCUCUGCCUCCCAGUGCAGUCUGACCUCCAGAACUCAGCCCCCUCCUUUCUCCUCAGUGGUGACAAGAUAUCAAUAAACUUAUUUUUAAUACAAUCA